AUGAUGAUGAAGCUGCUGCCGAGAAAGAUUGGAGAGAAGCGCAUCGUGCACUUCUCAAACGGCCCCUGCGCUUCUCACUCCUUGGCUUCUGGAGGAGAUGGCGGAAGCUGCAGCGGUGGCGUUUUCCUGGAACUGGUCAAGCAACCACAGCUCGGCUUGGUUUUCGUCGAAAACCCGCUGGGCCAGCCUUUUGCGCAGGUCUCAGUUAAGGGCUGCCAUGCCGCGUAUUCCCUGGCCUGCGAGGGCGGCCAGUAUUUGAUCGAGGAGUCGCAUAGCUGCGGUGGAGAGCGAUUCGCCGGACCUCCUGGGGGCACGCUGCAAAACAGCUGGGAAAUCUGUGCCAGCUCCGAGAUCAAGCUGAGCAGCCGCAUGUCGGUUCUAGAUGUGACCUGGAAUGUCCCGAUCGAGACGGGCACCGCUGUGGAAGGAUGUAUCCGAGUGAGCGUGGCCGAGGAGCACCCCGAGUUGGUGACUGUUCGCGGCACAGAAGAGGAGCAGAUGAAGGCCAUCAUCGCCAAGAAGCGAGCCGUUGGUGGUUGCCCUACCUUCCGUGGUACCAGUGACCGUCUGGCACGAGCGAACGACUUCGAAGGAAGCGGUCUGGUGGGAGCAGCUUCGAGGCAGUUCCUGCGCUUCAUUCAGAAGGAGUUGUCGUAUCGCUCCAGUCUUUGGUCCAAAACUCCACCUUGGAGCAGCAACAUGUCGCUCUAUGAUUCGACGGUCCAUGCAGCUUCGAUCGCGACGUUCAUGCCGACUUUUGCAAACCGAACCACCGCCUUCUCCAUGUGUGCCACACUGAACUGUGCUGAGCCGGUGCCGUUCAUUGAUGCCCCGAUGGUGUUCCAUUACGAGGAUGUCGCCAAAGCGCAAGCUGACCCAAACCAGCCGCGGAUCUAUGCUAUGUUGGGAACGCCAGCGGCGGAGGACUGCCAUCUUCCGACACUUCCGUUGUUCUACUCGUCUGGCUCGCCUGAGCACACGCAGUGGCGAACACUUCUCGACGAGGCUGGUUUCCAGGACAUGCAUAAGCAAGAUCUCCCUUCCGCUGCCUCCCUCUUGGAGACAGCAUGGACAGAGAAGAUUCGGAAGCUCAUCGGCGCACGCAGCUUUCUACCACCACCGACAGAGCUGGAAGUCGGAAAGAUUGUGCUGCCGCUUGUGUUCGAGGGCAUCUGGAGAAAGACGAUGUCUUCUUCAGAGGUACUCCAGGUUCUACCCUACCUGGAGUUCGGAAAAAUGUGCAUCAUGGGCAAGCGGGGACAGAAAUCUGGCAUCGUGCAGACUUGGGUGGUGAAGUCUUCGCAGCAGGCGGCGAUUGCCUUUGCGCGGGGUUCGCCCACGGCGCUGGAGCUGAUGAAGCUGAUCGAGAAGCCUCAGUUCUCGGCUCUCAAGAAGAUUCUGGCAUCUCAACCCGGCUCUUUGGAAGACGUGAUGCUCCGAUCGGUGAUUGAUGCGUCGCUUUUCGCUGGCCUCCUGGGGACGACUGAUAUGGCAACCAAGUGUGUGCAGUCUCAGUUCAAGGACUAUCAGCACGUGAUGAUGUUCCGCAAGAAUGCGGGCGCAUAUUUGCAUGAGCUCAUGCGGACGGAUGGGGCAGUGCAGCAGUUCACGACGACGGUCGGGAAGGCGGACACAUGGAUGUUGGAGGGGCACAAGGUACCUUUCCCCGCAGAUCAGCCGGUCACCAUGGUACUAUCCACUGCCAAUCGGGAUCCUAAGGUCUUCCCUGACCCAGACGCCUUCGAUCCCGAGCGUGAUAACAUCGGAGAGAUGCUGACCUGGAAUGGCAAGCUUGAGCAUGUCAUGGCCAGAAACUACAGCGGUGCUCCUCGCUUCUGUCCGGGCUACCAUCUCUCCAUGAAGGUUGCCACGGAUGUUUGCACGGCUAUGACUCAGGACCUGAAUCCCUGGGGCUCCCAGCAGCAAGAGAAGGGACACAUCCGAGGGCUUGUGAAGAUCAAGACAAGGGGCUGGCAUGGUAAGAUUGGUGCUGUGGCCUACUACGACGUCAAGAAGGAGAAGCACUGCCUCACAGAGAGGUACCAUCACGACCGGUACAUCGGCUGCUUCCGGGAAGAUGAGCUCGAAGUCCAAACAGACAGCGAGGGAGCGAGACCGAAGACGUUGGAGGAAGAGUACAACAUGUGCCCAAAGAUCGUCCCAGCUGCCAUGCAGAUGAUGCUUCGAGUGGUCGCCAGCCAAGUCGAGACGCAAUCCACAGUGGGUUGGAUGAUCGGUCGUCUCCUAGGCAAGGUGUCAAGCGCGGAAGAUUUCAAUCCAGAGUGGGCCGAUGACUUCACCAUGGGUCUCUACGCUGGCAUCAACUUGAUAGCAAUGCCCAUGUACUCCUCGCGCCACGCCGACUCCGUCUUCGUUCCAAAGCGCCAGGGCUACUCGGAGGUCUUUCGGGUUGGCAAUGUUAUCUCGCCGGACGUGGACAUCGACAACCCGCACUUCGCACCUGUCGAAUGGUACAUUCCUCAGCCUUUGCUUGACUUCGGGAUGCUUCCUGGAAUGACAUGCUUCCAUGGCUUCUUGCGCCAGCUUCCCUGGGAUGACAUGCUCGACGGUAACGAGACGAGUGAUCGCAAUACAUGGGAUGUCGUCAUGAAGCUCAGCAAGUUCAAGCACGCACGGAAAGCAGAUUGGGUUAUGAGCUUCUACGAGGGCUACAAGACCUUCGACGGGAAGGCAAACUGGCCCGAGAUCGAGGUGAACUUCGCGCAGAUGUACUGGAAGAAUGACGAGUGGGAUGAUGCACUCGAGAAAUCGAUUGCCUUCGGGUUGAUUGCCAGUCACCGCGUGGAGUAUCUCGCCAAACCGUUGGAGUACGGCGGAGAGAGCCUGCCCUUUGUGAUUCGUCUCAACAUAUUCAGCGCGCUCGCAGUGCGCAAGAACUUCGGCAAGUACGAGGGCGACCUCUAUUUCACAAAAGACGGCUACCCGGCCAUGAUGGAGUUGGCGGACGGACGGCAGAUUGGGCGAGGACACAAGGACUGGCAGUACUGGAAGUUCGUCUGGCGUUGCUCUCUGAUUACGGUGAUCACUCUCUCGGACCAUUUGCACAUGACGCACUUUCGCGCAGCCAAUGUCCUUGCCACAGCCACCCGGAGAGCGCUGUCUCCCAACCAUCCGCUUCGCCGGCUCUUGUCCGUCUUCACCUUCGGAUCCAUCUUCAUCAACUUGCAAGCUAUGCACACUCUCAUCGGAGAAAGGCAUGUUUUGCAUCGGUCGACUCCAUUUGUGGAGUUCGAGGGGCUCAGUGAGGUCGUUCCAAAGAGCUUGCAGCCACUGCCCGAAAAGCACAAGGCUCUCCUCAAGGAUGAAGAGUUCAAUAAGCUUCCCGAGAAGCUGAAGCAGGCACCUUACUACUCGGAUGGGAAGUUGCUGUUCAACGCUGAGAGGAAUCUCCUGCGGGAGUUCAGAAAGCUCUAUGCGUAUGGGCCCGUGGGCUUCUGCAACUCCAAGGACGAGGUGACCGGCCCCGAGGUAAAGCAGUUCUUGGCUGAACUGGUGGCAGAACACCACUCGGCGCACUACAAUACCUCCGACUACUCAAAUGCCAGCUGCACCGAACUCUUUGAGGAGCACCUUAUGUCCAUCGUGUGGACUGUCACGGGCUGGCAUCGACAUGUCGGGACAGUGGGCGACUACUAUCGUGACCCCGAGCUGGCGAGCUUCUCAUGGAGGGAGAACGAAAGAUCUGCCAGGCCUUUGCAGCACAUGCAGAUGACAACUGUGGCGGUCUUUACAUCUGCCUUGCAGCCCAAGAUCAUCGAGGACUACAGUCAUGUCUUUCAAGGCACCUACAAGGAGCAGGAGAUGGUGAAACUGAUGGACAACUUUCGGUCGGAGUUGGAGCAGGUCUCGGACGAGAUUGGCCUGCGCAACGACAAACGCCUACACGAUCCGGACAUGGGUUUCCAGAACGUCCAUGCCGACCCAAAGAUCGUGGAGUGCUCUGUAGCAGUUUGA